CAUAACUUUCUAACAGGCGAGUUGCCUCCCAGUAUGUCCAAUCUUUCCAAACUAGUUGGGUUAUGUUUAUCUUCCAAUAGACUUUCAGGUGAGUUAGUACCACACCUCAUUGCCAACUGGACACAAUUAACUUCCUUGUCUAUAGGUAGCAAUAAUCUCACUGGAAGGAUUCCCUUCGAAAUUAGUCUAUUGACACAACUUCAUAAUCUUUACUUGAGAAAUAACCAACUUUCAGGUCGCAUUCCCUCAAACAUUGGGGAUCUAAAAAAGUUGUCUAAACUUGACCUUCGGAAAAACCACCUCUCUGGUUUAAUUCCUUCAACAAUUGGAAAUUUGUCGGAGCUUAUUGUGCUAGAGCUUUCAGAUAACUAUCUUAGUGGAUCAAUACCAUUAGAGGUUGGACAUUUAAGAUCACUAUCUGGUGUUUUGAUAAAUUUCAACUUGCUUCACGAACCUGAUACCUUAUCAAUCUUUUGCAAUGUCACAUCUCUUUUACACCUCUCUCUAGCACACAACAAAAUGAAUGGACUUAUUCCAAAAUGCUUGGGAAACACAAGUCUAAUUAUUCUGCAUCUUGGUAAUAAUCAGUUUCAUGGAGGUAUUCCAGAAUCACUGUGCAAUGCAUGUGACCUUCAAAAUCUUUCCUUGUUAGGUAACUACAUGAGUGGGGUAAUUCCAAAGUGUGUGGGAAAUUUUAGCAAUCAACUCUCAGUCUUGCUUCUUGACCAAAAUAAUUUUGAUGGGCCUAUGCAUAGAGAGUUUUGUACUAGUUCAACUCCUUUCAAAUUCCUUGGCUUAUCUGAUAAUUCUUUGAGCGGUGUUAUUCCUCCUUGUUUGGGAAAUCUAAGCACAACAUUGUCACUACUUGAUUUAAGCAUGAAUCACUUUCAUGGAAACAUUCCAACAGAAGUGGCAAUUGGUGAUGUUCUCUAUGAACUCAACUUGGAUCAUAAUGAAUUUGAAGGGCCUUUACCUCGUACCCUCAUCAACUGUACUCAUCUCAAAGUUCUAGAUGUUGGAAACAAUAGGCUAAAUGACUCAUUCCCACACUGGCUAGAUGCUCUUCCACAUUUGGUAGUGCUCGUCUUAAGAUCUAAUCAUUUUCACGGAGUGAUAGGCAAUCCUACCACUAGGCAUCCAUUCCCUAUGUUGCGGGUUUUUGAUCUCUCCAACAAUCACUUCACCGGACCUUUUCCUGGAUAUUAUUUGUUGCAUUUGUCUGGUAUUACAAGUAAUAUUACUUCUGAUCUACUGGUAAACUACUCAAAUGGCAACUGCACAUACGGCUAUGAGUGCUCUGCAUCACUAGUUGUGAAAGGAUUUGAAGCCUUGGUGGAACGAAUUCUAAAACUUUACACUAGCAUCGACUUAUCAAGUAACAUGUUCAAUGGAGAAAUUCCUAUUUCCAUAGGAAACCUUUAUACUCUUAGACUUCUCAAUUUGUCUCACAACAGGCUCACUGGCCAAAUACCUCCAUCAAUCGGAGAUCUAACUUUGCUCGAGGCUCUAGACAUCUCCAACAACCAACUCACUGGGAAGAUUCCGUGGCAACUCUCAAACCUUGGAUUCCUUGGUGUUCUAAACCUCUCCUAUAAUCACUUUUCUGGAGCAAUACCUCACAGCAGACACCUUGAUACAUUUGACAACAACUCCUAUUUGGGAAACACAGCAUUGUGCGGGUUUCCAUUGACACUAGAAUGUGAAGCUAAAAACCCACCUGUGCACUCAAACAAAGAGGAGGGGGAAGAGGAUUCAGGUUUUUUUAAUGGAUUUUCUUGGCAGAGCGUGACGAUAGGAUAUUGUUGUGCAUUUCCAUUUGGAGUCUGUGUGGGAUAUUUUGCUUUGCGAUAUGGAAAACUCAACUGGUUGUUAAGGAAACUCAUAUGGAAGAGAGGAAAGGGUUCCAAAACUACUGUUCCAAGAAGACAUGGCAGAAGAAGAACAAAUUAAAUUAAAUUUGCAAAGGUAAUUAAAUUAAAUUAAAUUAAAGCUUCAUCCUUUAAUUUUGGUUUCAAAAUUCCAACUUUACAAUUCAAUUUCUUCAGUGGCAUUAACUAUUACAUAGUAUAUGUUACCUUAUUACAUA